AUGACCACCAAUACAACUGGACACUUGAGUUCAUUUGGGGUCUAUGCAGGUGUACCUUGGAAUCAAUCCACUACUUCCGGAAGAAGUACAUCAACAGUGCAUUUCUCUCCACAUAGCGAGGAAGGACCCUGGAGCAUCAUUCCUUCAGAUGAAAGCAUUGAUAUCACAACUCAGUCCCAGGAGUCUGAUGCAGACAAUAAAACUGAACAUUUAGAUCAAGAUAAUAGCACAUGGAUUCCUUUGCCAACUGGUACAAUUGAACCUUUGGUUUCUUCUUCUGAAUAUUAUGCAGCAACAUCUGAGAAUCAACCUGUCAGUGAUUCAUCUCCUCUCAGUCUCUCUUCUGGAAGUGCAGUGCGGCAGCUAUAUGCCAAGAGUGUGUUGGAGGUGAAGGUAAAGAGGAUAGAGGUAGCUGGCGGUGGGGAUGGCGGCCUCCAGCUACCCAGAAAGGCCCAGACUGGCACUGUGCCAGAGCCUUACAGCCACUGGACAAACAAACUGGACAAAGAGAAGCAGGUGCUGCAGAGGCACAGGCAGCAGCUGGAGGUGGAGCUGAAGGUAUGCACCCAACAGCAGGCCCACAGGCUGCAGCCCAGGCCCCUGAGCGUGGAACCCCAGAUGCUGAUCCAGCAGUUGGCCAGCUACCUGCAACAGGGGGCACGAGGGGCUCCUGAGAGCCAAUGGGAGUAGUGGCAGGCCCAGGCCCUGCAGGAUAUCCCUCAGAAGCUGAUCCGCAAGGAGGCGCAGGCCCUGGCCCACAGGCAAGCGCUGCUCUCGGGGCAGCAGCAGAGGCUCUUGGCCUUCUUUGAAUGCUGCCUCCUCACUGACCACCUGCCCCUGGCCCACCACAUGAUGGUCAGCUACCACAGCAGGCCCCAGAGGUAACAGCUGCUCACACUCACCAUGUACAGCACUGUGUUGCUCAACUGGGCUCUCAAGGGCUCCUUCUGGGAGCUGGUGUAUGUGCUCUUCAUGGUGAGUGACGCUGGCCUCACCCCCAAACCACGGUCCUAUAUUGCCACCCUGCAGUGCAUGGGGCAGCUGGACCAGGACGCUGGCACUGUCAGAAGGUGUCUGCAGCAGAUGCGCCAGGGUGGGAUACUACUGGCAUAGCUCUUUACUGCCACACCCUUGUUUGAGGAGGAGCGGAUGCUGCUCUUGAGGGCUGUGGUCAAAGUGGAGCCCACUUUUGCCUCUCCCCCUCCAUGGCCUAUGUCCCAGCUCAACACCUUGAUGCUGCUCAGGGAGGUCUACACCUCCAACUGCCCUGCAUCCUACCCAAAGUUUCCCCUACUCCUGAAGACCCUGCAGAAGCGCUUCCGUAAGCAGCUCCUCACGGAGCUGGGCAGCAGCAUACAUACCAAGUCCGUGGAGACGGCCCUGCCACCCACCAGAAAAACCCUGCAUAUGAGACAGACCCUGAAGGCCCUGUGUGCACAGUGGGUGGUGGUCCUGCACCCGCCACUGCAGGAGACCAAGGCCAAACGGCUGGAGGCCCAUGAAGGCUGCCCUUCAUUCUACCCCUUCCUGUGCCUGCUCAGGAGAGAGUUCAUACAGAUGCUGAUAUAGACCCUGCAGGUGUUGCCCGCCUAGGGGGAGUCCCUCACCACCCUGACCCACGACCUGAGCCUGCAGACCUUCAUCUGGCACAUGGUGCAGAGCAAGCAGCUCAGCAGUGAAAUGUGGCAGCUGGAGUGGCAAUAAUUGCUGUGUCUGUACCUGCUGACCUCUGACACCCAGGUGGCCAAGCCCUGCCUGCUGUGGCAGUGCUGGGAGGGCCUGGGAACACCCGUGGCCCUACUCCGGCAGCCCUGGCCCCUCUGGGUGGUGUUGCAACUGGGCAAGCAGGUGGCAGAAGUGCUGGUUCAGGCACUGCAGAUGUGCAAUCUGGCUCCGCCCCAGGGCUUCUGCAGGCUCAUCCCGGUGCUGUACCAUGUGUACUCUUUCCUCAGCUUCCACCAGAUUGGCAUCUUGAAGCUGCACCCAGAUACUCCACAGGGGCUAGUGGCUGUGGCCGAGUCCACACUGACUUUCAAGGCAGCUGAGAUGCCCAUGCUGUGCUCCCCCGAGGUGCCCUGGACUUCACAACACACCUAGGCCUUCCUGUCGAGCCCCACAAAGCUGAUGUGGGCAGUGGUGGGCACUAUGCAGCACCAGCGGCUCCUGGAGCACUGCCUGCCCGCCCGGUUGCAUGGAGCCCUGGACAUCCUCACCCAGUUUGGGAACUGCGCCUGGAGCAUUAAGGGCUGCAUGCUGGACCUGGUGCUGCAGCUCUUCAGGGCCAAGGGCUGUCCCUGCCUGGGAAUACCUCUGUUGCUCUCAGAGGCCUCCUGGCCCCAAAAGGGCCGCCUGCCACCCUCACCCCACAGAUCUCUCACCCCCAAGGCGGGACUUUGCCUGAAGAUGGUGAGGGAGAUGCACAGCCUGAGGGCAGACACCCUGUAUCACCUCUCUCUGGCCCAGCACCUGCAGCACUGUGUCUUCUGGCUGCCCCACAAUAUGUACUUCUGGGGCCACACCUACCCCUACACACCCCACUUCAACCACUUGGGCAGGGACCUGGUGUGCAGCCUGCUGGAAUUCGCCAACAGCUGCCCACUGGGCCCCCACAGGCUCGACUGGCUCAAAAUCCACCUAGUAAACCUCACAGGGCUCAAGAAGUUCGAGUCCCUGCAGACCCGCCUGGCCUUCACCAACGAGGUCAUGGACAAUAUCCUGGACUCGGUGGCACCCUCUGAUGGUCCACAAAUGGAUGACUCCUGCAAUGGCCUGCAGCACUACACUGCCCUGGGCCACGACAGCGUGGGCGCCAUCUCGAUGAACCUGUUGCACUCAGACCUGCCACUAGACUUGUACAGCGGGGUCACUGCACAGGUGGAGGUGUUGUGCAGGCACGAUGCAGAUCAAGGCCUGUAGGUGGCCCAGGCCCUCGAAGGCUUCGUCAGCCGCAUGGUGGUAAAGCAGAUGAUGAUGACCAUGGUGUACGAUGUCACCCGCUACAGCAGGUGCCUGCAGAUCGAGAAGCGCCUCUGAGAGCUCAGCGACUUUCCCCAGGAGCUGGUGUGGGAGGCCUCCCACUACGUGGUGUGGCAGAUGUUCCACAGCCUGCAGGAGAUGUUCUUGGGCACCCAGGCCAUACAGCACUGGCUGACGGAGAGUGCCCAGCUCAUCUCCCAUGUGGGGUUUGCGGUGGUGUGGGUCACACCCCUGGGCAUCCCUGUCGUUCAGCCCUACCACCUCAACUCCAAGCUGCUGGUCAAAGGUGGGAUCUAGGGCAUCACCUGCAGCAACAGCUCAGAUAUCAGCCAGAGUCCAAGUGCUGAAGCAGAGAAUGGGUUCCUGCCCAACUUUUUCAUCCACUCCCUGGACUCCUCCCACAUGGUGCUCACUGCCCUGCACUGCUACAGGAAGAACCUGACCUUCGUGUCCAUCCACAGCUGCUUCUGGACACACGUGGCCGACGUCCCUGUCAUGAACCAGAUGUGCCAAGAGCAGUUUGUGCAAGUUCACUGCCAACGUGUCUUGCUGGACCUAUCCAGGUUCCUGGUGCAGCAGUUCUGUGCCAGCCCCAGCCGCAGGCCCCAGAAGCUCUCCCAGCACAUCCACACCACCAGGCUUUUGGAGACGCUGCUGGUGGUGUCUGAGAUGAGGACCUUUGACCUGGAGCAGGUGAAACACUCUGCCUACUUCAGCUGUGCAACAGCCCCUGCCUGUGUGUAA